CCUUCGCACCCCAUACACACCCCUUUUCCCACCUUGUUCCCACGACUCAGCUUUGAAGACCCUUAUUCUGCCUCACUUGUCCAGCCUCUCUGAGGGAGCAUAGCCGCCAUCGCCGCGGAACAGACUUAAAGACAACGCCGAAUGAGGGGGAAAGGGAAAUGCCGACUAAUUGCGCCGCGGCGGGCUGUGCUGCUACCUACAACAAGCACAUUAACAUCAGCUUCCACAGGUUUCCUUUGGAUCCUAAAAGAAGAAAAGAAUGGAUUCGUCUGGUUAGGCGUAAAAACUUUGUGCCAGGAAAACACACUUUUCUUUGUUCAAAGCACUUUGAAGCCUCCUGUUUUGACCUAACAGGUCAAACUCGACGACUUAAAAUGGAUGCUGUUCCAACCAUUUUUGAUUUUUGUACCCAUAUAAAGUCUAUGAAACUCAAGUCAAGGAAUCUUUUGGAAAACAACAGUUGUACUCCAGCAGGAUCAACUAAAUCAAACAUUAGUAGUCACCAAGUACUACUUGAACACAGUUAUGCCUUUAGGAACCCUAUAGAGGCAAAAAAGAGGAUAAUUAAACUAGAAAAAGAAAUAGCAAGCUUAAAAAGAAAAAUGAAAACUUGCCUACAGAAAGAACGCAGAGCAACAAGAAGAUGGCUCAAAGCCACAUGUUUGGUGAAGAAUUUAGAAGCAAAUAACUUAUUACCUAAGGGCACAUCAGAACACAUUUUACCAACUGCCUUAACUAAUCUUCCUUUGGAAAAUUUCAAGAUUUUUGAACAAGAUCAACAAGAUAAAACAUCAAUUCUCUAAACCUAAAACAGCCCAAGAAUACCUUUAACAUUAGCUUGCACGGAACUU